AUGGGGACAGAACUUGCUGGACCUCGGGUCAAAGAAGAGAAAAUGGAAAUUCCAUCAAUUCCACCGGGUUUCGAGUCACUAGUUCACUACACUUUGAAAAGGGUCGACAUUGAUAAAGGUUGUUCCUCAGCAUCAGAUAGUGUUUCUGAAUUGCAAGCAAGCCAGUUAAAAACAGAGUUCGCUUGUAAAAAUGACUCGAGUAUUGUGAAGACCCUCAGGCGUAGAUCUUCCAUAAACUACAGCCAGUUCAGUAACAGCUCAAGUGAUGAUUCUGAUUCUGAGCAGACCAUGCCUUCAAGGCUCCAGCUUCCGAGAGGGGUUAUCCGUGGAUGUGAAGACUGUAACAACUGCCAAAAGGUAACUGCAAAAUGGCGUCCAGAAGAAGCUCGCAGGCCUGAUCUUGUGGAGGCUCCUGUGUUUUAUCCAACAGAAGAGGAGUUUGGAGAUACUUUAAAAUAUAUCGCAAGUAUACGCUCUAAAGCGGAAACUUAUGGGAUCUGCCGCAUAGUACCUCCUCCUUCAUGGAAACCUCCUUGUCCUCUGAAGGAAAAAAAUAUAUGGGAGAGGUCUAAGUUUACUACUCGUAUCCAGCGGAUUGACAAACUUCAAAAUCGGGAUAUAGUGAGAAAGAUAUUUCAACUCAAUCAACAUAAGAGGAGGAAAAGGAGAAGAUGCAUGAAGAAUGAAGUCAAUCAUGGGAAUGCUAUUGAGUAUAUCAAGAUUCCCGGUGAUGUUGGACUAUAUGAGUCUGAGACGUUUGGCUUUGAACCUGGUCCCGAUUUUACACUGGACACAUUUCAAAAUUAUGCUGAUGAUUUCAAGGCCCAGUACUUUAGGGUAAACAAUAGUAGUUCAAAUUCAGGAGGUAACAAAACUAUGCUCGAGGAGCAGUGGCAUCCCUCAAUAGAGAAUAUUGAGGGUGAAUAUUGGCGGAUGGUAGAGAAACCAACGGAAGAAAUUGAGGUUCUUUAUGGGGCUGACUUGGAAACAGGAGUAUUUGGAAGUGGGUUUCCUAAGAAUUCUCAUCAAGCUGGUUCUUCUUCUAACAUAAAUUAUAUCAACUCGGGAUGGAACUUGAAUAACUUCCCUAGGCUUCCUGGUUCUGUUCUUUCAUUUGAAAGCAGCGAUAUAUCCGGUGUUCUGGUCCCUUGGCUGUAUAUAGGAAUGUGCUUUUCUUCAUUUUGUUGGCACGUUGAGGAUCACCACUUAUACUCAUUAAAUUACAUGCAUUGGGGAGCUCCAAAAAUGUGGUAUGGUGUUCCUGGAUCAGAUGCAUUGAAACUGGAGGCGGCUAUGAGGAAACAUUUGCCUGACCUCUUUGAAGAACAGCCAGACUUGCUUCAUAAGCUGGUUACACAACUCUCCCCCUCUAUCCUAAGAUCUGAGGGAGUGCCAGUUUAUCGGUGUGUUCAGAAUCCUGGAGAGUUUGUUCUAACCUUCCCUCGAGCAUAUCAUGCUGGGUUCAAUUGCGGUUUUAAUUGUGCUGAAGCAGUUAAUGUCGCUCCUGUUGACUGGUUGCCCCAUGGGCAGAAUGCUAUUGAGCUCUAUUUUGAGCAAGGCAGAAAGACUUCCAUUUCACAUGAUAAGCUAUUGCUUGGUGCUGCUAGAGAAGCAAUAAAAGCAAAUUGGGAAUAUAAUUUACUGAGGAAACAUACUUCAAAUAAUUUAAGAUGGAAGGAUGUUUGUGGAAAGGAUGGGAUCCUAUCAAAAGCACUCAAGACUCGUGUUGAGAUGGAGCGGGUGCGGAGGGAAUUCCUAAGCAAAUCCUCGCAGGCACUGAAGAUGGAGAAUUCUUUUGAUGCUUACAGUGAGAGAGAAUGCAGCAUAUGUCUAUUUGAUCUGCAUCUGUCUGCUGCAGGUUGUCACCAUUGUUCACCAGAUAAAUAUGCUUGCUUGAACCAUGCAAAACAGUUGUGUUCAUGUUCCUGGAGUGCUAAAUUCUUUCUUUUCCGUUAUGACAUCAAUGAAUUGAACCUAUUGGUUGAAGCUUUAGAGGGAAAACUAAGUGCAGUAUAUCGAUGGGCAAGGCUAGAUCUUGGACUUGCCCUGAGUUCCUAUUUAUCAAAAGAUAAUAUGCUAGUCCCUAGCUCAAUUGGUAAAUUAUCUCAUACCCAUAAUGCUGAAGGAUUGGUUCCUCAAGAAAUGAAUUCACAGGCAGCCACAGGUUUUUCAGAUGAGCAUACAGACAAAGAAAAUGCCGAAAUCCUGAAAGUGAACAAUUCUUUCUGGAAUGAAAAGGAAGCAAAACAUACUUCACCAUGCAAAGAAUCAGAGUCUUCUCCCAAAUAUAAAACAACAGCACGUCAGCUUUCUCGGCCACCACAUCCUGGAAGCAAAGAUAUUAUAGUCUUAAGUGAUGAUGAAGGAGAUGCACCCAGGUCUGAAACUUUAGAUGCAAAGGGGACUUCUGAAAAACUUAAAGGUCAGAAGCCAUUUGGCCACGGUGACGUGACAAGUUUGAGUACUUGUGUUAACGGACCAGUGACAACUACCAAUAAUAGCGUGGCUAAUAUGAGCGGAAGAAUGAAGUAUGGUUCUAAUUCAGCAUACAUAAAAGUUGAAGAACAUGUAGACGGUGAGAUGUGUGGUAGGCCCAAUCUGCCUAGCACUUCCUGUCAUGGAUCUUCUGGGACUGGCGCAGAUAAUAAUAGAGAUGUUAAGAGCAUUCCAUUGAAGAAGGAGACUGCUGAGCGUAGUAUGAUAAUUGUUUGUGGCUUGAGAGCACAACGGUUUGCUGAUACAAAGCCAAGCAAUAAAGAUAGUCAUAAAAUGGAGUUGGAUGCUAAUUUGGGGUCAAUGGACAAUGUACAAAAUGUAUCGUGUAACCCAUCUGUCUCUCAGAAUAAUUUGGACAGGUGUUGUCGCCAGAAGGGACCUCGUAUUGCAAAAGUAGUUAGGAGAAUCAAUUGCAAUGUAGAAGCUCUGGACUUCGGAGCUGUGCAUGCUGGAAAGUUAUGGUGCAACGCCCGGGCUAUUUAUGCAAAAGGAUUUAGGAGUCGAGUCAGGUACAUCAAUGCUCUUGAUCCAACAAAUAUGUGCUACUAUGUCUCGGAAAUUCUGGAUGCUGGACGAGAUGGACCCUUGUUCAUGGUUUCGUUGGAGGAUAAUCCAAGUGAAGUGUUUAUUCAUGUCUCGGCUGCUAGAUGCUGGGAAUUGGUACGGGACAGAGUAAAUCGAGAGAUUACAAAGCAACAUAAGUUAGGAAGAAAAAUGCUUCAUCCUUUACAGCCUCCCGGGAGUGUUGAUGGCAUGGAAAUGUUUGGCUUUUCUUCACCAGAAAUUUUGCAGGUACUUCAGGGCAUGGACCAAGAUCUAGUUUGUACGGAAUACUGGAAAUCACGGCCCUUGAAACAGAUUCCUCAACAUUCUCAAACUUUAGACCACUGUGGUAAGUACAUUGUCAAGUCUGAACCCUCUAAUGAUCAAGAAAUGUCCGAAAGCCACCCAUUACAUUCUGGGAUUGAUAGAAUACUUAAUGGCCUGUUCAAAAAGGCAAGUUUAGAAGAAGUGUGUGCACUGUACAGUAUUUUGAAUAGCAAAAGUCCGACUAACGAUCAAAGUUUAGUGACCCAGUUGCUUGACGAGGAGAUUCACAGGCGCCAAAGAUAA